AUGGGCGCUGUUGUGUCCUGCAUCAAGUCGGUCUUCCAGGCCAUCGGCGCGGCCCUCAUGGCCGUCGUCAACGGCAUUGCCGGCAUCAUCAAGGCCAUCAUCAACGGUAUCGUCGCCGUCUUCGACAUCAUCAUCGGCUGCCUGACCUGCAACCGCAUGGGCGGUCGCCGGCGCCGCAUGCGGACGACAAGUCACGUAUAA